GUUAAAAAAAAAACCCCAAUGACGUGUUUAGAAACUUUUACUCUUGGUUUGUUGUUUAUUGAACUAAUUUUUGUCACUUAGAAUUAAUAGUAAACAUAUUUUCAUAAUCUCUGUACCGUACUGGUCGUAAAUUGUGGGUUACCGUUGAUUCUUAAUAUUGAACCAAGAAAACAUGUGAACUGUUAACAGUGAAAGGUGGCUAAGUAAAAUAAUAACCAACCAAAGGGUAACUCAAGAGAGAUUAAGUAACAAUUUAAAUAUCAGCGGACAUUGUUAAGUGAUUUUAAAUAUCACAGCAAGGGAGAUUAUUUAUCAACUUAAACGUUGCAUCAAGGGAGAUCAUUCAUUGACUUUUAAAAACAUUGCAGCAAAGGAGAUUAUUUAGUAAUUUAAACAUCACACUCAAGGGAGAUUAUUCAGUGACUUAAUAGUCACAGUAAGGGAGAUCAUUCAGUGACUUAAAAACAUAACAGCAAGGGAGAUUAUUUAGUAAUUUAAACAUCACACUCAAGGGAGAUUAUUCAGUGAUUUUAACAUCACAAGGGCGAUCAUUCAGUGACUUUUAAAAACAUUGCAGCAAGGGAGAUUAUUUAGUAAUUUAAACAUCACACUAAAGAAAGAUUAUUCACUGACUUAAAUACCCCAGCAAGGCAGAUUAUCCAAUGACUUCAACAGCUAACCAUAAGGGUUUAUGAAUCAACCUAACAACAUAACAUCUAUUGUAAGCAAGGGAGCCACCUCAGGACUGGAUUUAUUAUAGGUAGAUAUCCAACAACAACUUGCCUAAAGGAAUUAUCUCACUGUAACAGUUUGACCAAGAGCAGAGCACCUGACAACUUGGCAGAAUCAUGAAGCUGCAGUUCAUAACAUUAUUACUUCUGUUAACUCUUGAAGAAAUGGUUGGGCGUCCCGCCAUUGCAGACAAGCGUAAGUUGGAGAAAGAUGAGGAGGAAGACCUGGACCCACAGUCGGAUUUAAAGCCAAGUAACUUAAUUACCAAAAACAAGUUAAAAGAUUCGAUAAUUGUUAACCACGAAGAAGAGGAUGAAAAUCCAGACCAUCGGGGAGUAGAGAAAGAGAAAUCUCCCAAAAUGGACAAAAAGACUGACGACAACAAAUUAAAGUUUCUCUCCAAUGAUCUGAUAGAUGGGACAAAGUUAUCGUUGGAUCAGCUCAAACCGGUUGAUCACGUAGAUGCUGUAAAAAUGGAACAGGAUGGCCAUAUUAACAAAGAAUACCACAAGGAGCUGUUUCUAGGCAACCAUGAAGCCAUUGACAAAGGCGACGAGGAAACUGCCUUGAAGAAACUUAUCGAUAUAUUUAAGAAAGUUGACUCGGAUUCCGAUGGCCACUUAAGUGAAGCCGAGAUGGAAGGCUGGAUUAUUCAGAAGAUGGAGGAACAUUUUGCUGAAUCGAUUCAAGAAAAUGAUGAAAUAUUUGCACAUUUAAACAAGGACCCAAAUGGUACAGUCCCGUGGAAAGUUUACUACACACACUUCCUGCUCGCCAAGGGAUACACGCUGGAUCAAGCCAAGAAACAUGUUGUCGAUUACGAUGAAAUUGAUCUCAGUCAAAAAGAUAAGGAUGAGCUGAUUCAUUACAAGUUCCGUUGGACGGACGCCGAUGUCAACCCUGUUGAUAAUGCUCUGUCCAAGUCGGAGUUCCUCACUUUCAAACACCCCGAGCACAGCAAGAAGACAAUGGAUUCCAUGGUCUACAAUAUCCUUAACAGUCUAGAUAGAAAUGAAGAUCACAAUUUAACAAAAGAAGAGUUUGUGGCCUUACCCCCUGGCGAGGUCGAAGGUCAGGAGUUUCAAGAAAUGGACAAACAGUGGCAGAAAGACCGGGAGCGGGAAUUUUCUGAAGCCAUCGACAAAAACGGAGACGGGGUCGCCACAGUCGAAGAAUUAAAGAUUUACCUUGAUCCCCGCAACCCAAUUCAAGCCCUCAUGGAGGCACGGAAUCUUGUUUCUCUGAUGGACGACGAUAAAGAUGGAGAACUCUCCAGAGAUGAAAUCAUAAAACAUAAAAACAUAUUUCUGUCCAGUAAAGUAGUUGAUAUAGUCGGCAAUUUCCACGAUGAGUUUUAGGGGGGUGGGGG